CCGGAUAAUCGUUGUCGGUAUCGAAGCUCCAUUGAGAAAUAAUAAUUUAUCAAUUGAGCUGUUUUUAAGCGUGGCCCCGAGUGAUUUCCCAGCGAUUAUUGCCAGCGAUUAGUCCGCCGACAGAUAAGAAUCGGUCCAGGCCAAAGAAGGAGCGACCAGGACAGCAGGAAGGGCGGCAAAAAACGCCGGCAAAACGUCGGGAGAAAACAACAACAACAGUGCAGACCGGAAGCAACAACAAUGUCGUCGGCCAGGGACCUAAUUAAAAUCGACAUAGAAUGGGGCAUGGAGCGGUUAGUGCGGGCCCAACAAGUGGUGGAGCUGCGUCCCUAUGACAUCGAAUCUUGGAGCGUUAUGAUCCGCGAGGCCCAAACGCGUCCGAUCCACGAGGUGCGCAGCCUGUACGAAUCGCUGGUUAACGUGUUCCCCACCACCGCCCGCUACUGGAAGCUCUACAUCGAAAUGGAGAUGCGCAGCCGGUACUACGAGCGCGUGGAGAAACUCUUCCAGCGGUGCCUGGUCAAGAUCCUGAACAUCGACCUCUGGAAGCUCUACCUCACCUACGUCAAGGAAACCAAGUCGGGUCUUAGCACACACAAAGAAAAAAUGGCUCAGGCUUAUGAUUUCGCCCUGGAGAAGAUCGGCAUGGAUCUGCACUCGUUCAGCAUCUGGCAGGAUUAUAUUUACUUUCUGCGCGGCGUUGAAGCUGUUGGCAAUUAUGCUGAGAACCAGAAGAUUACCGCCGUGCGCCGCGUCUACCAAAAGGCGGUGGUUACACCCAUCGUAGGCAUUGAGCAGUUGUGGAAGGACUACAUCGCAUUUGAGCAAAAUAUCAACCCGAUCAUAUCUGAGAAGAUGAGCUUGGAGCGAUCUAAGGACUACAUGAACGCCCGCCGCGUGGCUAAGGAGCUGGAAUACCACACAAAGGGCCUCAAUCGCAAUCUGCCCGCUGUUCCGCCCACACUCACCAAGGAGGAGGUGAAGCAGGUGGAGCUGUGGAAGCGCUUCAUCACGUACGAGAAGUCCAAUCCGCUGCGCACCGAAGACACGGCCCUGGUCACUCGUCGCGUCAUGUUCGCCACGGAGCAGUGCCUGCUGGUGCUCACCCACCAUCCGGCCGUGUGGCACCAGGCCUCCCAAUUCCUGGACACCAGUGCACGCGUGCUCACCGAGAAAGGCGACGUCCAGGCGGCAAAGAUCUUUGCGGAUGAGUGUGCCAAUAUAUUGGAACGCUCCAUCAACGGCGUGCUGAACCGGAAUGCGUUGCUGUAUUUCGCUUAUGCGGACUUCGAGGAGGGACGAUUGAAGUACGAGAAGGUGCACUCCAUGUAUAACAAGCUGCUACAGUUGCCGGACAUUGAUCCCACAUUGGUCUAUGUUCAGUACAUGAAGUUCGCCCGCCGUGCUGAGGGCAUCAAGUCAGCUCGUGGCAUCUUUAAGAAGGCACGCGAGGACGUUCGCUCGCGUUACCACAUCUUCGUUGCCGCUGCGCUGAUGGAGUAUUAUUGCUCCAAGGACAAGGAAAUCGCGUUCCGCAUCUUCGAACUGGGUCUGAAGCGAUUUGGCGGCAGUCCAGAGUACGUGAUGUGCUACAUUGACUACCUGUCGCAUUUGAACGAGGAUAACAACACGCGCGUCCUGUUCGAGCGCGUUCUUAGCUCCGGCGGUCUGUCGCCGCAUAAGAGCGUUGAGGUUUGGAAUCGCUUCCUCGAGUUCGAGUCCAACAUUGGAGAUCUGUCCAGCAUCGUCAAGGUGGAACGUCGCCGCAGUGCCAUCUUCGAGAACCUCAAAGAGUACGAGGGCAAGGAGACUGCCCAGUUGGUGGACCGCUACAAGUUUCUGGACCUCUACCCCUGCACCAGCACCGAGCUCAAGUCAAUAGGAUAUGCCGAGAAUGUGGGCAUCAUCCUAAACAAGGUAGGUGGUGGAGUUCAAAGCCAAAACAACGGAGAGGCAGAGGCGGAUAGCGAGGCGACGCAACCCCUGCCGCGUCCGGACUUCUCGCAGAUGAUUCCGUUCAAGCCGCGCCCAUGUGCUCAUCCCGGUGCCCAUCCACUCGCCGGCGGUGUCUUUCCGCAACCGCCAGCUCUGGCCGCUUUGUGCGCCACCCUGCCUCCACCGAACUCCUUCCGCGGACCCUUCGUCAGCGUGGAGCUGCUCUUCGACAUCUUCAUGCGCCUCAAUCUGCCCGACUCUGCACCGCAACCGAACGGAGACAACGAGUUGUCACCGAAGAUCUUUGAUUUGGCCAAGUCUGUGCACUGGAUCGUGGACACAAGUACGUAUACGGGUGUGCAGCAUAGUGUUACGGCCAUUCCACCGCGCCGGAGACGUUUACUGCCCGGUGGCGACGACAGUGACGACGAUCUUCAGACCGCUGUGCCGCCCACCCACGAUAUUUAUCGGCUGCGGCAGCUAAAGCGCUUCGCCAAGUCCAAUUAAGGUCCACUGUCCUCUGUCCACCCAGAUUUCCACUUAUUUUUUAAUUAAUGCAUUUACACAAAUACACGAAAAAGAAACAAGA